GGCCCUGAGCUUCAGGAGGCAGGGAUGGUGUCGCGUUCACGGCUGCUGUCCCAGCUCUGGAUCUUCAUUGACUAAAUCGGAAUUAAACAGAGCCACGAACCCCCUGAACAAGGAGCUGAACUGGGCCAGCAUCAACGGCUUCUGCGAGCAGCUCAACGAGGACUUCGAGGGGCCUCCACUUGCCACCCGGCUGCUGGCCCACAAGAUCCAGUCCCCGCAGGAGUGGGAGGCGAUCCAGGCCCUGACGGUGCUGGAAACAUGCAUGAAGAGCUGCGGCAAGAGGUUCCACGACGAGGUGGGCAAGUUCCGCUUCCUCAACGAGCUCAUCAAGGUGGUGUCGCCCAAGUACUUGGGCUCUCGGACGUCGGAGAAGGUGAAGAAUAAGAUCUUGGAGCUCCUCUACAGCUGGACCGUCGGCUUGCCCGAGGAGGUGAAGAUCGCAGAGGCCUACCAGAUGUUAAAGAAGCAGGGGAUCGUCAAGUCCGACCCCAAGCUUCCAGAAGAUGCCGCUUUUCCCCUCCCUCCCCCACGACCCAAGAAUGUGAUCUUCGAAGACGAAGAGAAAUCCAAGAUGCUCGCUCGGCUGCUCAAGAGUUCCCACCCUGAGGACCUCCGCGCGGCCAACAAGCUCAUCAAAGAGAUGGUGCAGGAGGACCAGAAGCGGAUGGAGAAGAUCUCGAAGCGGGUGAACGCCAUCGAGGAGGUGAACAACAAUGUCAAGCUGCUCACGGAGAUGGUGAUGAACCACAGCCAGGGCGGCGCGGCGGCGAACUGUACCAGCGUUGUGAGCGAAUGCGACCCACACUCUUCCGACUGGCCAGCGACACAGAAGACAAUGACGAAGCCCUAGCGGAGAUCCUGCAGGCCAAUGACAACCUCACCCAGGUGAUCAACCUGUACAAGCAGCUGGUGCGGGGCGAGGAGGUCAACGGUGAUACUGCCACAGGCCCCAUCCCCGGGAGCACCUCGGCCCUGCUGGACCUCUCUGGCCUGGAUCUCCCUCCUGCGGGCACCACCUACCCAGCCAUGCCCACUCACACUGGCAGCCAGGCCAGCCCUGAGCAGCCCAGUGCCUCGGUUUCCCUGCUUGACGACGAGCUCAUGUCUCUGGGCCUCAGUGACCCCGCACCCCCUUCAGCCCCGAGCUUGGAAGGCGCCGGGUGGAACAGCUUCCAGUCGUCAGAUGGUGCUGAGCCCCCAAGCCCUGCUCCAGCCCCCAGUGUGGACAGCCGGCCCCCCGCACAGGUAGCCCUACCAGCCAGCAGCGGUCUCGCCGACCUGGACCUCCUGGGGAAGACCCUCCUGCAGCAGUCGCUGCCCCCGGAGUCACAGCAAGUGCGGUGGGAGAAGCAGCUGCCGGCUCCCCGCCUCACACUCCGGGACCUGCAGAACAAGAGCAGCUGCAGCUCCCCCAGCAGCGGAGCCAGCAGCCUCCUGCACGCCGUGUGCCCGGAGCCCCCCGGGCCCCCACAGCAGCCCACGCCCAUGGAGCUCUCGCUGGCCAACAUCACUGUGCCCCUGGAGUCCAUCAGACCCAGCAGCAUUUUGCCCGUGACUGUGUAUGACCAGCAUGGCUUCCGCGUCCUUUUCCACUUCGCCCGAGACCCGCUGCCGGGACGCUCCGACCUGCUGGUGGUGGUGGUUUCCAUGCUGAGCACCGCCCCCCAGCCCAUCCGCAACAUUGUUUUCCAGUCAGCUGUCCCCAAGGUCAUGAAGGUGAAGCUUCAGCCCCCCUCGGGCACAGAGCUGCCAGCGUUUAACCCUAUCGUCCACCCCUCAGCCAUCACCCAGGUCCUGCUCCUUGCCAACCCCCAGAAGGAGAAGGUCCGCCUCCGCUACAAGCUCACCUUCACCAUGGGCGACCAGACCUACAACGAGAUGGGGGAUGUGGACCAGUUCCCCCCGCCCGAAACCUGGGGGAGCCUCUAGAACAGAGAGGGGCUGGGAGAGGAGAGGUCUGGGGAGGAAAGGAGCUGGUAUCCGGCCUGGGCUUAGGCUCUGGUGGCCCCCAAGGGUGUCCCCUUGUUCCCCGUGGCCAUAUACCCCCAGGCCUGGUGCUUCUUCCCUCACCCCUGUGGCCCCCAAGUGACUCUCCUCCCUGCCGUGUCCCCCUCCUGGGCUGAGGCAAAUCCAGCAGGAGGCUGGGCCAGGGUUUGCAGUGCUGGGACCCUCGUUAGGGAGCCCAGAGCAGGGCAGGGUUGCACGGCCCCAGAAAGGACCUAGGGGUUGUGGAAGAAGCGUGGCUGUCGGGAAAGCCAGAUCUCAGGCCCACCCUGAGCCCAGCCUGGGUGGGGUCUUCCCCGCCUGUCUCUUAUGCCUUAUGGGAAGGCCCAGCCAUAACUUGGGGAGCUAUGCUGGAACUGGGGACCAGCUCAGACCUCCUCCAUAGGACCAGUGACUGUGGGGUGGCACAGGCACCCCGGCCGUUUGCACUCGAGUGUGGUUGGACUCUGCUUUUCUUUCGGAGUGGCCCGAUGGUCACAGUCUCAGGGGGCUGAGUUGGGAGAGCCCAGCCUGGCUCCACCUCCUGGGGUCUCCCUUUGCCAUCACGCCUCCUGGGGCUGUGGGGUGUGAGGGUGAUGCCAGAAGCGGGGGGCAUAGGGCUCGUGGAGUUCUGUGUCUCUGUCAUUCACUGGCCCCUGCAGGGGCCCCCUGUGGGCAUCUCCCAUCUGUCCAUCCAUCUUCUGUGGUCAGAAGCGGGGUCGGUGUGUGAGUGAGAGCUGGAGUAUUUAUGGAAAUAAAGCGUCCUUUUCCUGGA